GGCCAGGUCAUGGUUUCUCAGUGUGUCACUGUUGAACAAUUCCAUCACACAGACCGUGGUCCUGCUCUGACCUGGAAAGAGCAAGAAAAAAAACACUUCACCGAAAGUGAGGAAGAUGAGGAUGAAGGGGGCUCUGGUCCUUCUCUGCAUGGUGUCAACGUGUGGAGCUCAGAAAUGGACACAGAAAACCCAGCGCUGGGACGCUGCAGCAGAACACACCUACGGCAGAAGUUGUUCCAACCUGACUCAGGUUCUGGAUAACUGGAAAUUUGCUAUUGUCAGCCAAGUGAAAGAUCUGCUGAUUAAUGACCAUGCCUCCGUCCUCCCUGAAUACAACAGGAUCCAGCCACUGUCAGAAGCACUGGGAGACCUCUACAGGAAGUUUAACUCGCUGAAAGACGAGCUGGGGAGCCUCGGCACAAAGUUUGACCUAGUGGAGGCUUUUGUGGACGACCUCAGGAACGGCAGAUCCACUCAGCCUGAGCGACCCGUACCCAGGAUUCACCCCAGGGUUGGACUGAGGUCUCCACUGCUGGCACAGAUGAGGGCUCCUGGCAGGAGGAUUGUCAGAGGACCAACACUGAUCGGAGCGAGGAGGAAAGGGCUUCAGAGACCUUAGACCCCUUGCCCAGUGGUUAGAUAUGCUGAUGCGUUGAACAGGAGCAGAUGUGUUCAUAUAUUGUUCAGAAUACAGAAUAUCUGGUAUUUUAUGUGUGUGAUGUGAGAAAAGAUGACGUAAAGAAAACUUAGUAGAAAUGUACUCACCUUCGCCUCUCUGUGCAAAGUCACUUUCAACCACAGGGAGGCAGUAUUUAUCAAAUUAUCCCUGACUGUUAUCUGGCCGCUCUGUGUAAAACCUUAAAGUAACAUGACGUACUGCAGCUAUGCAUCCUCUUACUACAAUACGAUGAGCAGAAGAAUGUUAUCAAUGAGAGUUAAUUAUGGUGACGAGUUUGUAAAGAUAA